AGAAGGUCAAGAGUCCAGUCACUUAGAAGGCAUGGACCUCUCAGGACGUCCUCUGAAGCGAAUCCUACCAGUACUAGUUUCCCUGGUAGGAGUGGUCCUCGCCGUUGCGCAAGAUGGCGGAAGAGCGCUGAAGGAGGAAGAGAGAGAGGGGGAGAAGGACACGGGCGAGGGAGAGCGAUGGGUACGGACGCUGGAAGAGGGCAUGUGGCCAAGGAGAUACGACGGCGUGUUUUCCUGUCCCUGCGGUUCGAAUGACUGCUUCGUGGAUUCGGACGACAAGACCGGUGUUUCUGGACCCGAGGUUAUUUCCAGCACCUGCUACCUGCCUAGUACUGAUCCAGGUACGACCGAGAGCGCCAGCGGGUCUCACAGCGAUAUAUACAAGAAUGAAACAGGUUUUGCAACGGAAUACUGCAGUUUCUCGCCGAACCACGCUUUGUGCCGCUACUCUGUUGACAAAACAGGGCCGGCAUGCGUCAAGGUAAGAGAGAAGUAG